AUGCUCGGAGAGUUUCUCCCAACUUCGCAGCAGCAGUCGGCUUUUAUGGGCAGCACCAAAUCUUUCACUCCAGCGUCCACGAUCCAGCAUGGCCUGGCACGGUCACGCCUAUUGCCAGGCCUGCGAGAGGUGGAAUAUGUGACUGUGCACCAUGAUGGACAUUGGGGCCCCCUGCAGCCACCUUAUGAUGGCCUGUUCAGCAUGUUGGAAGCAGGGGAUAAGUUUUUUACACUGGAUUUUGGAGGCAUCCGGGACAGUGUUUCUGUGCAUUGUCUCAAGCCUGCCCAUUUGGACCCAGACUCUCCAGUGGAAGUGGCACAGCCCCCAUGGAGGCCAACUAGGUUUAGGAAAACCAGGAAGCUGCGAGGGCACGUUAGCCACGGUCAUGGCCGUAUUGGCAAACACAGGAAGCAUCCUGGAGGCCGAGGCAAUGCUGGUGGAAUGCAUCACCACAGAAUCAACUUUGAUAAAUAUCACCCCGGUUACUUUGGGAAAGUUGGUAUGAGACAUUACCAUUUAAAGAAAAACCAGUUAUUCUGUCCUACCAUAAAUCUGGAUAAGUUGUGGACACUGGUCAGUGAACAAACCAGAUUAAACUAUGCUAAGAAGCCGGAAGGACCAGCCCCUGUCAUUGAUGUUGUACAUGCAGGUUACUAUAAAGUUUUGGGCAAAGGAAGACUUCCAAAACAGCCGGUCAUUGUCAAGGCUAAGUUCUUCAGCAGGAAAGCUGAAGAGAAAAUCAAAGAAGUUGGAGGAGCUUGUGUAUUAAUGGCAUAAACUUCAACUGGAUGCAAGAAUUAAAGAAACUGUCACUUUUAAUUGUGGUCUCUACUCUUAAUUUUCCUUGUGCAGUGGGAGAGCUUAUUUCUUCCUCUUGUGACCAAACUUGAGGCAAUAAGUGGGCUUUCAUGUGGCCUCUGUCUCAAAUACUGAGUUAAUAACAAGCAAAUUUAUUUUCUAUAAAGAAUGUAUUAUAAAGAAUUAUCUUGGGCUGGAUAAAUUAAAGCAUUAAAGUGUU